AUGUGGGAGACGAUCUUGGAGCCCAACGUCGUCAGCUGCAACGCUGGGAUCAGAGCGUAUGGGAACGGCAAGCAGUGGCAGCGGGCUCUGUCGCUGCUUAGCGACAUGUGGGAGGUCAGUUCAGAGCUCAACGUCACCAGCUACAUUGCUGGUAUCAGCGCAUGCGAGAUGGCUGAACAGUGGCAGUGGGCUCUGGCGCUGCUGAGCGAGAUGUGUAAGGCGAAACUGGAGGCCGACAUCUUCAGCUUCACCGCUGUGGUCGGCGCAUGUAGGAAUGGCGAGCAGUGGCAGCAGGCAUUGACGCUGCUGAGCGGGAUGUGGGAGAUGAAGUUGGAGCUCGACGUCGUCAGCUAUAACGCUGGGAUCAGCGCGUGCGAGAAAGGCAAGCAGUGGCAGUGGGCAUUGGCACUGCUGAGCGAGAUGUGGGAGGCGAAGCUGCAGCCCAACGUCUCAGCUACAAUUCUGGGAUCAGCGCGUGCGGGAAAUGCGAACAGUGGCAGAGGGCUCUGGCAUUGCUGA